AUGAAGCUGCUCUCCUACUUCGCCCUGCUCGCCUCUGCGGUGCACGGAGGCCCGCUGAGGAAGCGCCAGACGUGCCCGCAGGUGUGCGUCGCCUCCCAGUGUCCCGCUCCGCCGCGCACCUGCUACUACGGCCUGGUGCAGGACUCCUGCGGCUGCUGCGCGGUGUGCGCGGCCGGGGAGGGCGAGGUGUGCGGCGGCCGCCUGUCCUGCGGGGACGGCCUAAGGUGCGACUCGGUCCCGGGGAAGGCCGGGAUGCUGCAAAGCCUCUGCGUGUGCGCCUCCUCCGGGCCGGUGUGCGGCAGCGACGGCAGGACGUACCCGAGCAUCUGCCGCCUCAGAGCCGAGAACAAGAGAGCCGAGCUGGGAGAGACUCCCCCGGUCAUCCUGAUCCAGAGGGGCCGGUGCGACUCUG